AUGACUAGAACUUCUGUCUUAGCCGAUGCUUUAAACGCUAUCAACAACGCCGAAAAGGCUGGUAAGCGUCAAGUUAUGAUUAGACCAUCCUCCAAGGUCAUCAUCAAAUUCUUACAAGUCGUCCAAAAGCACGGUUACAUUGGUGAAUUCGAAUACAUUGACGACCACAGAUCCGGUAAGAUUGUUAUCCAAUUAAACGGUAGAUUAAACAAGGUCGGUGUCAUUUCCCCAAGAUUCAACGUUAAGAUUAGUGAGAUUGAAAAGUGGACUGAAAACUUAUUACCAGCCAGACAAUUCGGUUACGUUAUCUUAACUACUUCUGCCGGUAUUAUGGACCACGAAGAAGCCAGAAGAAAGCACGUCUCUGGUAAGAUUUUAGGUUUCGUUUACUAG